AAAAUCGGCGAAAGGAAAUCCAAUGACGGUCUCACAUACGGAAGAACCAACGAGUAGUAGUGAAGGAACUGAGAAGGCCGGCAAAGACGAUUGUCUUCCACUCGGUCUUAAGGGAGGUUUUGGAGUACCUGCAAAUCUUCCUUUGGCCAACUGGAUUCCAGUCUGGAGCACAUCCGGUGCCAAUCAGAUCAUGACAUUUUGUUGCCUAAGGCAUCGCAGCUAAACAUUCCAUCACGUGGAUGCGGUCGAAACCGGCUUUGGAAAGUUCUGCCUCAGGCACUUAAUUCGGAUGUUUUUGGGAAAGUUCCCCCGUCGAACCUCCCGUUUUGCACAAUCUCCAACGUCGGGCCACUUCUGUUCAGCUUGACUGACAUCCUGCGAUCCCCCCCCUCCACUCCACCCCCGUCAAUUGGAAUCUAGGCCAGCUCCUCGUCGGAAUAAUUCAUCAUGUCCGCUCCUUCUCUUGCCAACUACAUCGUCAAGCGCCCAUGGCUCAAGAACUGGAUGAUGCCACUUGCCCAGUGGUACACCGACGCUGCCGGCUACAGGAAACUCGGUCUGAGAUUCGAUGACCUGAUUCCUGAGGAGAACGAUACCGUCCAGAAGGCCCUCAAGCGCCUUCCCCCCAAGGAGGCCUACGACCGUGUCUUCCGUAUCCGCAGAGCUUUCCAGUGCUCCGUGUCCCACACCCUACUCCCCGCUGCUGAGCAGACCAAGCCCUCCGAGGAUAUCGAGUACCUGGGCCCCAUCAUCCGCGAGAUCGAAAAGGAGCAGAAGGAGCGUGAAGACCUUGACAACAUGGUCGUCAAGCGGUAGAUGGCUUAUUCCCCACUGUAAUCUAGUCAUCAAAAAAA